AUGCGACCUCGGGUCGGACAGGCCCUCGCGGCCGCCGCCGGUCUGCUGAGCGUCGGCGUCCAUGCCCAGGGUUAUCUAGGCUCGGUCGCGGCCGAGAUCGCCGCCUGUGGAUCGGAUAACUUUGUUAAUCUUGGUUGUUUCCCCAACUUCCUCAUCAGUGCCGGGCUUUUCUUCAGCUUCACCCCUGAGGGCCCCAAUCCCACGGAUCCGUCCCGCAGCUUUCCCAACUGGGACCCCGGCUCCAGCAUCAACAACACUGUGACGCCGCUCCGACCCGGGUUUCCCACUCAGGAUGUCCGAGCAUCGGCGCUGGUGGUCGACAUUGAUGUUUGCUUCAACAUGUGCGCCGGUCUGGGGUAUCCCCUGGUCCACGGGUCCCCUGAAGCUGGCCAGGUUCGCUGCCGUUGCGGGUCGGCGUUCGGUCUCGGAGCAUUCCGCGUCCAUGCUGAGCUGCUGUCCACGCCAGGCGUGUGCAACACGACGUGUGAUGCUGCCCCUGGUGUUUUUGGUGACUGCGACACCUCAUCUCAACGCUGCUGCGGCCAGAACAACAUAUACCCCGUGUACAUCAACACGCAGCUGCAGGGCUGCUACACGCCCCUGAUCCCCGGUUUCAAGCGCCUGUUCACCGACCUCCUCUUUGAAUGUGACGACAUCCUGGACACGCUGACCGGGCCGCCGACAGUGCUGGACCAGCCAGACUACGACCCGGGUCUCAUCAUCGAGGCCGAGGUGGCUCUCAUCCGGCGGCCAACGGUGCCCGUGCUGGGGAGCAACACCGACUAUCUCUAUGGCUGCCUCGGGCUGGGCCCGCUCGGCCUCGACAGUAUCUUUGGUCUCCUGCUGUCUAUUACGCCAUCUAUCAGCCCCACGACACUCGACGCCUGUGCCGCCGAGUGUGAUUCUCAGGGAUAUAGUGCUUUUGGCAUGGUUAACGGCGUGGACUGCCACUGCGCACCUGGCGUGCUUCUCGGUCUUACUCUUGACAUGGGGGUUUGCCGAGUCCCUUGCGCAGAUGCCGACAAUACCUCGUGUUGUCCUACGUCGACAUCAACCAAGACGACUACAACAACAACCACUACGACCUCGACGUCUACAGCAAUCAUCACGACUAGCACCACGACCACUGGGACUGAGUCCACGACCGCUACGGAAAUCACAAGCACUACUACCACCGAUAUCUCAACCACCAGCACAACCACCACUGGGAUUGAGACUACCAGCACCACCACGACUGAUAUCUCAACGAGAAGCACCACCACCACAGCCUUCAUAACAUACGUAGACCGCUCCACCACAUACAUCGCCACGGACACCGAGACGGCCCUCACAACAACGACAGAUAUUUCAACUACAAGUACCCCGACCACUGGAAUCGAGACUACCAGCACUACCACGACUGAUAUCUCGACUACAAGCACAACCACCACCGGAAUCGAAACCACCAGCACCACGACAACCGACGUCUCCACGGCACGCACCACCACCAGCACCACACGCACCCACACCAACGUACGCGUCACCCGCACGACGACCACCACCACCACUACGACCACGACCAGCUCGACCACCACCGACGACGAGACCAGCACCCGCUUCUUCACCGCCGACGACAUCCGGGGCAUCCGGGGCAUCCGGGGCAUCCGGGGUGGCCUGGGUGGCAUGGGUCGGGGUGGCCGGGGCCGGGGUGGCCGUAUCCGCACCCGCAUCCUGAACCGGAACCUCAUCCCCAUCCUCAUCCGGAACCAGAACCGCACCCGCAUCCGCAUCCACACCCCAACCCGGGCGAGGAUGGGGGUAGGGGGUAAUGAGCCGUGGACGGGUGGGGGUUGGGGACCUGGUGGUGGUGGUGGUGGUGGUGGUGGUGGGUAUGGGGGUGAUGGGCCGGGGGGUGGGUAUGGUUAUGGCGGUUAUGGGUAUGGAGAUGGGUCGGGGGGUGAUUAUGGUGAUGAUUAUGGUGAUGAUUAUGGUGAUGAUUAUGGUGAUGAUUAUGGUGAUGAUUAUGGUGAUGAUUAUGGUGAUGGGUAUGGCCAUGGUCAUGUUAGUGGUGAUGCGCCGGGCGGGCCGGAAGGGGGUCGGGGUAUAGAUGGUAGUGAAGAGGGGGUGGAGGGGAUGGCGGUACGUGCGGCGAGGCCGACGAGGUUUGGGGCUUGA